ACAGUGACGUAAUAGGGGUGUAAAUCCGUUACCUCGGCGGAUGAUCGGUCUUUUCCGUCUCUCGUGCUGCCGGGACGACAGGCCUCUGCGGUAUCUGUGAAAGAGUGAGCACCAAAUAGACAAAAUGAUCAUCUUCCAGGACAUCAUUACCGGUGAUGAGAUGUUCUCUGAUGCCUUCAAGUAUCGUGAAAUUCAAGAUGGAUUCUUCUAUGAAGUUGAAGGAAAGACUGAAACCAGGAAGGAGGGCUUUGAUGAUAGUUUAAUUGGUGCCAACCCUUCAGCUGAAGAGCAACAAGAGGGCAACGAUGAUGCAGUCAGUUCAGGCAUUAACAUCGUUCUAAACCACAAACUGGUGGAGGUUCACUUCACAAAGGCGACCUACAAAGCUUACGUGAAGGACUAUAUGAAGAGUAUCAAAGCCAAGCUCCAAGAAACAAAUCCAAAAAGAGUGGACGUAUUUAUGAAAGAUGCACAAGCAGCAGUUAAAAUGAUCAUGGAAAACUUCAUGAACUACCAGUUUUUCAUCGGGGAGUCCUCAAACCCUGACGGCAUGACUGCACUGCUGGAUUACCGUGAGGAUGGCAUCACGCCAUUCAUGCUCUUCUUCAAGGACGGCCUGGAUGUUGUAAAAUUUUGAUGACAAUGUCGGAACAUCUCCAAGUGGUUGCUGUUUUCUCAAUGCCGCAGAAGAGGAGUGGCGCCUGUUUUGCAUUGCCCCCUGCACACAAGAAACAUUCUCUAUUUCCUAUAUGCACAUUAAGGACCACACCAUCAUGGGAACUGGGUCAAUUAAGCACCAGGUUAGCUUUUUUAAAAUUGUUUUGGUUCUGCUCUUGCAGCAUUAAAUUCUCCAACAAUUUGUCCACUCUUUGUGGUUGAAAAAUGACAGGAUAGUGAGUGAAGCUGACUCAAGUUGUAGGACUUUCUUCAGUUACCAUACCUUUUUAGAGACAGCCCAUACUGGAUGCUCUUUUAAGACCACAUGUCUACACUUGGAUUUAAUAAAUAUGACAAAGUGCCACCAA